AUGGCUCGCAACGUCGCUGCUCUUUCCCUACUUGUCUUCGCCGUCGUGGCCGCCCUCGCGUCUGCCCAGUCAGCUCCGACUGCCUCCCCGGCUAGUGCUCCAUCCUCCUCCGAGUCCGAUUCCGACACCGCCGCAGCUCCGGCGCCGGCCACUGCUGCUCAUUCGCCGGCGACUUCAGCUCAAGUGCCGGCCGCUUCCGCUCAGUCGCCUACCGCUGACGCUCAGUCGCCAGCCACCAGUGCUCCGGAGGCUUCUGCAGCGGCCCCGGCCACCACCGUGGACGGGACGGCGGCAGCCCCCGCUGAUGCUCCGGUCAGCGACUCUCCUGCCGACUCUCCCGGCUCAGCUGAACACGAUCAUGCAGCUGCCGACAGCGGCGCCGUGUCUUUGAAGGUGUCGGCUGCUGUCGGUGCCGCGGCUGCUGUCGGAGCCUUCUUUGUCUGA